AUGCCUUUUGAAGAGCGAAACGAUUCGGCCUUGAUUCUCGCAAAACGAUCUUCAUACUUCACCUCUGACAGAGUCACACCUCCGGAACACUUGACAAAUCUCACCCGCGUCGACGGUAUUGACCUCAUCUCUACAGCUGAUAUAGAAGAGGACAAACCUAUGCCUGAGGGGUUGGCAAGCAUCGGCAAACAAACAGUCGAGGAUUACAAUAAGCUCGUUGGUAGUGUCAAGGCUAUGAUCGGUAUCGGUCGCCCACACAUCAGCCCCAGUGUCUAUGUAUCAUUAUGCCAAGGAACGCCUGUUGUCCUUCCAACCUUUCGCCAGGAGCAGCCCUCGGAAGAGUGGCAGCAUUACUCGCUCUCGUUCUCCCAACACGGUCCGGCAAUCCGUCUCGGCGAGCCAUACGUUUACUCGUACCACUACCGAAACUACACCCAGUUGGUCGAGGCCGUCGACAACGCCAUGUCGACGCCUAUCGAUCGGUACAUUCCGGAGGAUAUGCGAGUGGAGUAUGUUAACAAGAAGCUGAAAGAGUACAUGGAAAGAGACCUGGAAGGGAUGAUGAGAAAGAAGGUGAAGGAGAACCAGGGAAAGGUACCGGCGUUGAUGAAGGGACCAAGGGAAAGAUGUUUCGAGUUGGGAAGGUGCCCAGCCACCUUUGCAGCGGGAAGGAUUCCCAAUGCCCUCGGCAGAGGCGUGUAGGGUACAAGCUCUCUUUUGGUUAUGUUAUAU